AUGAUGUCCAAGACACCUCCUGCUCGGGCCGCGAGCUCGAACUCAAAGGAUACGCCGACAGACACCGCUAUCGCCGUGGCUUGCUAUGAACAGGUCGCCAACGCAGUCACCAAGGGGAACCCCGACAUACGAGAGCUCAUAAUUGUGGACAAGCGCACCUUUGAUUUGAUGAAACACGAGGUGGCCGAGAAGCGACGCGAAAUGGACAAGUAUCGACAGGAAUAUGACCGCAUCUUCAAGAAACUCUACGAUUUCGACUCACAGAUUGCGAGAAGCCACGCCGCGAGAGAAGGCCUUGGAGGACUGCUUUAUCGAACAAAAAUGCUGUACCCCAACGAAGACGAGGACGUCUUCCAGAUGACGGCGACCCUCGACGAGAAGAUCAAGCAGUACGAGGCCGCCCAUCUCCGGGCUGUGGCCGCUACCGAGUACUACGAGAAGCAAGAUGACGACUACAAGUUCAUGUGCGAGAAUAUGCCCCUCCUCAAGAAGGCCAUGGAGGAGUACGACAACAUGAAGGCCGAGCUCAUCGCCAUCGGCAAGAACCUCGCUUUCGUCGAGACCCAGGACCUGAUCCACAAGGUCACCGCCAUCGACAUCAAGCGCAGAGAGAAGCUCGCGGCCGUCCAGGACCGCCUCGAGGCCUGCGGCGCGCUCUCCGGCAAGCACGUCGAGGAGAUGAGCAAGAUCCGCGAGGAGGCCGACGCUGAGGUCGACGCCAUUCUCGACUCGGUCAAGGUCACGAAGACAUUUAAGAAAAAGAAGGAGAAGAUGCACAUUACUGUCGCCUGGCACUUUUUCCUUCCCAUCGUUGGUUUGACGCUGGUGGCCCUCUCCUUGUUCCUGCUGGGCCUGUACGGAGGAUCCAUCUGCUUCAUCAUGGCGUAUGUCAACUACGUUGUCUUCUCAGCUUACAAAGCGUCUUUGAAGAAAGAAUGA